AUGGUAGCCAACAAAGCCGCUACCGACGGUGACUGGGUGACACUGCCCGCUGCAGGAACGGGGGGCAUAUCGGAGAUGCUAGACGGUGGGGCGGUCGAGGUGAUGAAGCCCCCUGUGCCAGUAGCACUAACAGUGCCAUUACCGGGUGCGGUGAUCGAUGACCCGAUGCUUGAAACUGAGGGCAGCGACGAAGCCAAUAGGGAAGACGACGAAACUGACGCAGGUCCGGUGGAAGAGGCGGUGGCCGACGAUACCCCGACUGCAGACGACCUGGUGGUAGACGACGACGAAACUGACACAGGUCCGGUGGAAGAGGCGGUGACCGACGAUACCCCGACUGCAGACGACCUGGUGGUAGACGACGACACAACUGCGCUGGAUGAUACAGCUGAGGAUGACGAUACGGUCGAGGUCGACGAUUCAGCCGAUGAAGAUGACGCGGUCGAGACUGUUGAGGAAGUUUCAGAGACAGCCGUGCUCGACGCUGAAGACGAGGGGGUUAGGACUUCCGAAGAAGACGAAACAACCGGCGCCGCGGAAGAUGAGAAAACUACCGACUCAGAGGAAGAAACAGGCGGCUGA